AUGGAGGAAGGAUCGCACCUGGUGCAGGCGUUGCGUGUUGCGCACACCCGGCCAGACCCGAAUCGAGAAUUAGACUUGGUGAAGCCAGAGCCGGACGAGGACGAUAGCCAGCAGUCCUUGGACCGGUUGCACAACUCGCUCGCGAGUUUCCACUUGGCGUGCUCUCGUAAGGCCACCAAAACGUCGACCCCAUCGGUAAUCAAGUUAUCGGGGGGUGGAACAGCUGGCAGUGGGGAGCAAUUGUCCCCAGGGCCUGGCCCACCUCCCCCGGUGUCUUCGUUGGUAACCGGCGGUGACGGUCGCAUUAACGAGCAGAACGCAACAGCCGCAGAGAAUAACGAUGAUGAAGUGGGGCAAGUUAUCGUUUCGACGGCAACCGGAACGACGAAAUCCGAGUCCGCGGAAGUGGAGAAGGAACACGGCAAAACCAACGAAACCACCAUGAGUUUCGUUUUGAAGCUAGAUGUGGAGACCGCGGCAACGUCGGUGAUGGAGAAUGCGACGAAGGAUAGCGUCGGGAGUGAGGGACAACAACCACCGACGUUGCUGUUUGCCCGAGAGAUAUGGCGGUCCCAGGAGCCUGUUACGGUCGCUACCGGCGCUAUCACUACCACAGCAGGGAACACCGUGGUAAUCGCGAGCGACAACGAUGCCGCCGCGACUACUGAUGGCGACAAGUCGCAGCUGUUGCAGUGUCUGGAGGCGACGAGCAAUCAGGAGCAGCAGCAGACGACGACGACGAUGAUGGCUACCACUGCGUCCACUCUCACAACGGUUAAGCCCGUGGUCACCUAUCCAGUCGCCAAAGGUGCCAGGGAGCAAGUGCAGAGAAUGAUCGCUAGUUCGCAGACAAACACCACGGAGAUGUUGACAACGCGCGUUAUCUCGCAAAAGCUACCGCCAUUGUCCACUGAUCAGCCGCAACCUGUCCCGGCCACCCUCAACAUUUCCUCUCAAACAUCGACUAACUCGACGUCCUCACCGUCCCCCAAUAGUGGCGUUUCUGCCGUUUCCUGCCCUUGGCAGACGACCACUAUCACCACGGUACAGAGCAAUCAGUCGAAGAAUCAGGUUGCGGUCGCUGACCUUAUCCAUUGUAGUAAACAGCAACAAGUGACGGCGACAAGCAACAUACAGGCUGCGUUGCAACACAAGCUUCAACCAGUACACUCUAGCACUUCUACUACAACGGUGAAGGCAAUGGAUUUACAAAAGUAUCACGCAAAACCAUUGCCAGGCAGCGUCAUCUCAACUAGUCAAUCUGCGCAAAAGCUCAAGACCGUGACAAAUGUAAUCACUAACCCAUCUACCAUGGUCGCGCAACGUAAUAAUUCCCUGUCCAGGUCUCAAGGCGUGCUAAAGACACGAGUGUUAUCCAGUCAGUUUAUAAACAAUCAGACAACUGCGAACAACACAAAUCCGCAAAAGAUUCAACUGGGCAAUCCAACGAUACAGAAAACGACGACACAACCUGUAAGUGUAACAAAUGUGCAGAAAACAACACUCCAAUCUGUUUGCAACAAUCAGAAGGUUCCGUUGUUGACUGGUAAUCAUCUUCCAAACCUCAAAACGCAACCGCAAGGUCUACAGAAGUUGCAGAUGCCUCAAAAGAUAUCUCUAGCUGUGGGUAGGCAGCCGUUCCAAUCGAACACGCAACAAAUGAACAAUGUUUCGAAAUCCAGUAGCCUCGUAACCGGUAUACAAAAGUAUCAGCAGCCUGGACAGCAUUUUAUGGCGUGCCAGCAAACGACGAUAUCUUCCGCGAGGUCUCAAUCGACGCCAACCGGACUGCAAAAGCAUCACACAGUAGCGACGGUUCAAAGCACAAAGUUGCAAACCACGACGAGCAAUGUUUGCAAAAGCAACAGUAUGCCGAACGUCUCCAAACCUUUGCAAAACUCGAACGUACUCGCGAUUGGCAAACAUCAAUCACAGAUGCAACCUACGUCGGCGCAAUUGUUACAGGGCAACACUUCGCAACAAAUAAUUCAAAAAUCUCAGCAACAAUCGGCAAAUAACGCGAAUAAUCUCCAAGUUCAAAGAAGUCACAGUAUUACUAAUGUACAUUCGAAGGUGAUAACGUCUGUACCAAACAAUCAAAGGACUCCGGUUGUGAUGAACUCAAAGAUUCAACAGCAGCAGCAGCAGCAACAACAAACAGUGAUGAGAGUGGGGAUAUCAAAGGGUCAAACGCAAACUGGACAAGCUGUAGCAGGUUUGAAGACUGUCUCACAGAAACCCAUAGUGAAUCCUGUUAAAGUUACUGCAAACUCGCAAAAUAAUGCCAUUCAGCAACCUAUGGUGCAAAGAAAUAACAAUCCUCAAUCAAUGAAAAUUAUGCAGCAACAGCAGCAGCAGAAUGUGAUCGGUCCUCAGAACUCUCCGCAAAAACAGCCUGGAUGCAUCAAGACUAUUCCGCCGCAGAAACCCGUACAAAGAAAUCACGCCCAGAAAAUCAGUGGCGCUAGUGUUAAACCUUUGUCGAAUCCAAACGUAACGGGAUUCACAAAAGCUCAAGGUUCGACCGUGACGCAAGUAGCGCCAAAGACGAAUAUCAAGACUCUGCCACAGCAGACGGUGGUUGCGCCGUCCAACGUGAUAGUCCCGCAUAAAAACUCUCCGAUCAAAAUCCAACAGCAAACGAUACAGCAGAAGCAACUGGCAAUGACGCCGCAAUAUACCCAGCAGAUCCGGCAACAAGCCGGACAAAUAAAAACCCUGCUCCCGAUAACCUCGGCUACAAUUGAACCUCGUAAAGACUUCACUGAGAACAAAAACGAUGAUGAGUUACGGAUGUUCAAAGAAGAAGAGCAAAACCCUUCUAAAUCGCCAGUGAGGAGAAUGCCGCUUCCUUACGAGUGUCUUCAGUUCGUUCUUCAAGAUCAUAAUUACGGGGCGCCGCCGCCACGAACGCCACCACCACCUCCAUCGCCACCAUCUCAUCCGAAGCAACAACCCAUUAAUGGAGCCGGCAGUUCCACAGCUACUUCCCAACAUCCUUACAUCUUUGGUCCUGUUGUGAGCAAUACCAAUGUGGAGGAUGAUGCUGCUAGCGCGAUCAGUAGUGAAACGGGACGAGAAGCAGAACCGGAAGGUGAAGAAACAGAAACAGCAGCCGAAGGCGAGGGUGACGAUGAGGACAGUGUUACUAGAUGUAUUUGUGACUUUGAACAUGACGACGGAUAUAUGAUAUGUUGCGACCGAUGCUUAGUAUGGCAGCACGUCGACUGUAUGGGCAUUGACCGUUCGAACAUUCCUGACGAAUACCUCUGCGAGAGAUGUCGACCACGACGAGUGGACAAACAACGAGCGCGCGCCUUACAAAUGCGUAAACGCGAGGAGCUUCUCAAUUCGGACACAUCGUCUGACACAUCAUCCACUAGUUCGGUAGAUACAGAUGUUGGUUCGAAUAAUGCUACGAUCCAGAAGAAACGCUCACUUUCACAACAACAGCCGCAAGUUCCGAAACGCAACAAAUCCGACGCGUCCGCUCAAUCGUCACAAGUGCGGAGACUAAAUAACAAUAACAAUAAUAACAAUGUUGGAAAGAGACAAAGAAGGGACUCGCAAGCUCGGCAAUCUAGCGCUGUUCGUUCGAAGAAGGAGAACGCCACUCCAAAGCGAGGACCUGGAAAACGUAAAACUAAGAGGAGAACGAGUCUCGAGGACAAAGAGGAAGAUGUGCAAGAUGCCUGGGGCAGCAACAUGGCACCCCUAAGACAGUGGAUCGAAAGAUACGAAGAAGCUGUUACGAAUCAUUAUAGUCCCGAAUUGCGAGCCAGGAUAUCAAACAUCAAAGUCAACGGCACGCACAGUGAUCUCAGGCAAAGUAACAUGAAUGUUAUUGCCACUGGCAAAUGCAGACUCAAUGUGCACAGCAAUAAUCUUAGAUUUUUAGUGGCGACAAUGUAUCUUCCGCCAAACACUCCCGUCGUGGAAUUACGUGGCAAAUAUAUGCUCAGUACACAACAUCGACUGCAAUAUACGCAAAGUGGCAGACAGCACGUCCAACGACCAGGACCAUUCGUAUUUUUCUAUCGUCUACCGCGCGACGGCACUGAAGUGUGCGUAGACACGCGGACGUACGGGAAUGACGCGAGGUUCGUGCGGCGUAGCUGCAAGCCGAACGCGGAGGUGAAACACUGUAUCGAGAAAGGCACGUUACACCUUUACAUUGUAACGACAUGUGCAAUAGAAAAGAACGCCGAGAUAACGAUCAAACACGAGCAGCACGAUCUGUUGCUAUCACCCAAUCCAAAUUCCCCCGCGUUGCCCGUCCUGUGCGCGUGUAAUAAUCCGCGGGAGUGUCAAAUUGCGAAUGCGGCCAGCCAGCUGAACAGAAGAGGCAGCAAUGGCGCUCUUGUUGAAAACGCCGAUGGCAGAGAACGAAGGCGACGGGGUAGAAGAAAUACUGUGUGCGAGGAAACUGAUUCCACACCACCAGCAGCUCCUCCUACGAGUGUCACGCAAACCACUACAACUGUAACAUCGUCUGCUACGACGGUGACUCCUACGACGCCAAGACGAACCGUCACGAUCGCAGUUGCGACUACGACGACUCGACAAGUUGCUAAGGAAGACACCACCGUGGCGGUAACGAAUACACAGCCUCAAACAGUGUCACCUAGUCCGAACCAGUCGGUGACGGUGACACCGGAAACGAAAAAGGACAAAAAGAAGAUGACGCGAGAAGAGAGGAAGAUGGAAGCAAUUAUGAAGGCUUUCGAGAGGCUGGAGAAGGCAGAACAGAGAAAGCAGGAGGUACAAGCGAGAAAUGCACAACGAAAAGAAUCUGGCGGUACGCAUAGCGACAACGAGGAUAAUCAUUCGACAACGGGACAAUCUAAGAGUAGCAAACCAUCGAACUCAGAGAGACCGCUACGGCGGAGAAGGAGGAAAGGUCGAGCGAGAACUAGUUCAUCUCAGUCGCAGAGCAGUACUCGAAGGACCAGAUUGAACUCUGCCGAAUCUGACGUGUCCUCCGGGGACGAGAGCAAUUCUAUGCAGUCGCCGCCUCUGUUGGGUCAGAAUCGUUCAUCCAAUCGAGAUGUUUCCUAUUCAUCGCACUUACAUACCCCAGUUAAGAACACGACGGGCGAUGUUAACAGUACCGGAUCGUCAUCUAGUGGAAUUCCCACUGCAGCCGGCUUAUUAUUGGCUUUAGCAAACUCGAACGCUCCUGGUCCUCCGAGUUCGCCACCAUUACAGCAACCUACUCCCGUCAAGAGUCCUACUUGUGACAGCGGAGCUAGCAGCAGCUCGCAGAGUUCUACGCCAUCAACGCCGUUAUCGUCUGCCUGCUUGCUGGUGGCCGCUGCAGUCGGCCCAUUUGCUCCAGGUUUCAAGUUUCCAAAGACGAAGAAGGUGCUGAUGAACGAAUGGCUGAAGGAAUCGCCAGAUCCGCCGCAAACUAACGUACCUCAAGUAUCGCCUCUGUCGUCUCUACCAUCUGCUGGCCCAACUUUACAAAGUUCCAUGAAUCCACUGUGCGGCAGGCAUUUUCCGCCAACGGAUGCAUCACCGGAAUUCUUAUCGCAGAAUUACGCAGCCAAAAGCCUAGCCACUCUUGUGCAAGCCGCCAAUUCGGUUAGCGGUAUAUGCGACUCGCCGCCACAGCGUAAACAACAGCAAGUCUCCGGCAAUAACAACAACAACAAUGGUGGCUGUUCCGCUGUGUCUACAGGCUCGGCAAAGAAGCGAUGGUUGCGCCAGGCGAUUUCGGAAGAAUGUGACUCGCCUAAUAGCCGGCCCGAAAGUCCACCAUCACUUAGCGAGACGGUAGCACCGCCCAAAAAGCGGAGAAUAGCUCGAGAGAGUUUAUCUUCGGACAAUUACACCCCACCGACAACGCCAACCAUGUUACUUCCGACCGAAGCAGCGCCUAACAGCAGAUCGCUAUGUCCUGCUGAUGAUGACUAUACGGAACAUGUGCAAUCGCCUAUCGUGGAACAGACCGAUGAGAGAUAUUACGAUUCAGAAUCUGCGAAAGAAGAAGUCAAAAUGGACGAUAGAUCUAUAGAUUCUGACAAACCAAUCGUUGUUGACAAAGAAAAACUUUCAAUUGAUAUCUUUCCUCAAUCAGAAUAUUAUAUAAAACGUGAAGAAAGCACAGAAUGUUCAGAUAUUAAAAUGGAAGUGUCUUCCGAAAUGCAUAUAGAAAAUAUUGCGACAAAAAAAGAAAAAGUUUCCCCGAAAUGGGAGGGAGAUGAUACAAAAUCUGAAUGUAAUUAUGAAUUGAAUCAGAAAUUAAUUGAAAAAAUUCGAGAGACUGUUGAGGCCAUAAAAAAAGAGGAAACUAUGAAAGAGGAAAUUGUUACUAAAGGCACUGUCGAGAUAAUCGAUCAGAACGAACCCGAUACCGAGAUGGAAGAAUUUAGUUCUCCCAUCGCUACUAUAGAACCCGACGCGAUUCUAAAACAGCGAGUUGUCGAAAUGCAGCUGGAGUUUGGUGGUGGCAUCGCCGAAAUCGUAAAUAUCAUCAGUAGCGAAAACGAGAAAUCAAACGACGAGAAGAAAUCGCCCGAAGCCGCUGCGAUGUGCCAAGAGAUUGUCGAGAAAUCGGAUGACAACGCGUCCAUCGACGAGUUCGACGUCGAGGCGCAGAUGAAGAAGAUCACGGGCGACGAUGGUAACGAUUAUGAGGAUAAAAUUGACACGUGUUCGGAAAAAGACAAGAGUAUGGACGGAAUAGAGGGACUAAUGGAGAGCUCGAAGGAGGAUUCGGACUCCGAGGAUAAGGACGUAGACGAUGACAAGUACUGCGAAUCUUCCUUUAAAUUGUUUGAUAUCAGUCAUGAGGAGACAUCUUUCAAAGAAUCGGAUACUAAGCCCGAUACUAAACCGGAACAGAUUAUCGUUGCAGAAGACGACACGAAAGAGACGGAUAAGGAUACGAAUGACGAGCCCGCGAAAGAGGUCUCCAAGACGGAACAGUCGUCUGCCUUCGCCACGUUAUCGGAGAAGUGUAUCUUCGAAUCGGCUUCUACGAACUUGGAUGCGGAAUCCGUCACGGACGCUCCCAAGAUCUUUCACUCGAUUCCACCUCUGAGCGAGCGCAUUCGUAAGAAGACCAUCGAUUCGUCUGCCACGCCGAAAACACCUAAGAUGGACUUCGAGGCAGCUAUCAUAGAAUCCACGAUAAGUAUGGACGCUGUAGAUGGGUCUAAGAACGGUGAACAAAAGUCGAUGUUGUCAACCGCGCUGCGCGAGCUCUUGGAAGCGAAACUGGACGACGAGCCGACAGCCGAAGUAAUGAAAAAUGACAUUGAUAGUGAGAUUAAUUCGUCAUCACAAGUAAUUCAAAAUCAACCAAAAUCAGACUCCUCUGAACAUAGUUUAGACACAGUACAAGAUUCGGUUUCGACUCAGGAAGCUCCGAAGCUAGAAGAGACUCCCGUCAAGGAAGAAGAGACCAAACCUAAAGAGAUAAAACGAUUAAAAGAUCCGAGGACUGUUGUGCCGAACAGUAUGCCAGCACCAGCUUUUAAAACUGACGCUGUUCCUCCUGUCAAGCGCAAGUUGUCUAUAUCCGAGUAUCGCAAACGCAAGCAACAGUCAUCUGGAGGAACCGGUACAGAACCGGAGUUAUUGAACGAUGCUUCCACUGCGGACAAAAGUGGAGCGCGAGGUAGAUCGGACAGUGCCAGCAGCGGUACUUCUUCACUCAGUUCUGAUGAGGAAGGUUCUAAAGCAUCGCUCGACGCAACGGGCCUUAACGCGGUGACACACUUCCCUAAUGCUACUAAUGAGAACGAAGAAAAGAAAGGUGGAGAGGAAGGUGCAAUCGCUUGGUCUGCAGCACCAACUUCGGUAGAACAGCAACGAGAAAAUCUCACCGAGCGAUUGAAACGCGAAUUUGGAUUGUUCCUCAGCGAUGAUGAAGAAGAAAGAGCUCGCAAGCAUGGUUUGACAGCCGAGGCAAUACUGAAGGCGCAUAAAUCUCCGCCUCCCAACCUGGUCAACACCCCACCGGGAUAUUUGGGAUUGCAACAGUUGCCUCCGCAGACGUACAUACCGCCACCCGGCUCGGCGUCCAUCCACUAUCCCCAGUUCCAAAACAAACCUGGCAUGGUGCAAUACCCGAACUUCGCGAUACCACCGCCGACUACCACAGCGAUGCCACAGCCGAUAUAUGGUACCGCCGCGUCGUCGCAGGCGAUUAUAGUCAGUAAGCAGACGCCGCAGACGCCACAGACAUCGCAGACGUCGCAGUUCUUGGUACCUCAGGCAUCCCAAGCGCCACCGGGUUCCAAUCCGUAUCCACCGCAAUUUGUCCCCCCACCGCCGCUGCCGCCACCGCCGUCGGUCACGGGAACGGCGGUGCCGAUCUCGAAGUUUCCGUCAGUGACGCCGCCACCGCCACCGCCGGGCACCCAGGUGUCGUAUCCUGCGGCACCGUCGGGGCAACCUCAGAAGCCGUUUUUUAACCAUCCGGCGCCGAGGUCGUAACCGACAGAAAAGGGUAGGAUUGUUAAAAGUUCUUAAGUUUUAAAGUGAUGUUUUAUAUUCUUCGCAACGGGUAAUGUCUCGAUUAAACCGAUUAAGCUUGCCCACUCUUCUGUUAACGAGACGAAAUUUUUAGACUCGUUCCAUUGGAAAAAGGAGGCAAAGAACAAAUUCGAAAUAUUCCUGGUGAAAGUUUUCAGUAUCUUAUUAUAAAUUUAAAAAAAAUGUCAUUUCGCAUGCGAAAGCGAGAUACAAACGGCAGGAAACCGCGAACAGAAUUCCAACGAUUUCUUAGAUAGUUAAAAAUAAAACUGUGGAUUUAAUUUACGCUAUCGAUUGCUUUUAGAAUUGUCGCAUACAUUUAAAAUUUUACCGCUACAUACGUUCGAUGGUUUUUCUCUCAAAAUAUUCGACGGAAUUCGUGUGGCCUAAGGUGAUAGUUGAGUAUUUUGAGGAUAUAGCGACGCGUAUUUUAGGUAGCAUAUAUCGAGAGAGAGAGAGAGAGAGAGAGAGAGAGAGAGAGAGAGAGAGAGAGAGAGAGAGAGAGAGAGAGAGAACUGCAUUGGUACCUUUUUCGCGAGUAACGGCCAAAAGUGUAUUUGAAUAGCGUACACUUUUUAUACCGGUGAAAUGGUGCCCUAAACGUGUUUAUAUAUAGCAUUAGUCCAAUUUUUUAAUAUGGUGUUAACUAAGUUGGAAACGCGCUCUUCGGCUGGCCGAGCCAGCCGAUCUUCGCGAUAUCCCCUAAAAGCAGUUAUCAUUAUAUAUACAAUGCGCACCUCUGCAUAAUACAACUUAUUUGUAUAUAUUAUUUGCAUAUACGCAUAAUAAUGUUAACAAUAUAGCUAUAUUUAAUGAUGCUAUAUAUUUAGAUUAGUUUGUAGGUCAUAACAAGCCGUAACAAACCUAGUAUGAACACAUAGAUAAGUGAAGCUAGUACUGUGUUGUGUUGUUUUUUGACAUAUAAAAGAAGGCAAAAAGAGGCGCGGAAUUCUCUAUAUUUAUAUUUCACUGUAAAAGGGCAGAUUAUUUAUAAUAAAAGGUAAAUGUUGAAAUUUGAAGACUUGAGUUUUAUUUUGGGGAUUCGUAAAAAUUGUAUAUUGUUUGAUUUCUCUCUCUGGUAGAUGAUGCAUUCGAUAUGCGCGACAAAUGUUUUUGUUAGCGCCAGUUUUUAUUUAAAAAAAUGUUUAUUUAGGAAUUUGUAUGAAAAUCUAGAUACAGCAAGAGGACUGGACAGACAGUAACGAUAAAUGGUACAACGUAUCAUUUUUAUUUUCUUGUUGAUGCUUUAAACAAUAAUGCAAUACAUUUUUAUUUAUAUAAAAGCGCGAGGAUACGUUUUAAUUGUGGAUUUAUCUUUUUGUUUAAAAAAAAGGGAUCUCCCAAAAUUUCAUUCGCUCAUAAUAUUCAUUCAAGUACAAAACUUACUAUAUGAUAAAAAGUGUAUUAAAACGAGUAGAAGUAAAUUAAUACAGCGAAAGAAUUGUAGUCUAUUUUGUAACUGAGAGCUGCUUCACACACGGUCUUUUCGUUUUUAGUACGCGAAACGCACGAUUGCUCUAUCGUUGACAAAAGAAAUGUGCGUUUCUCCUUCUUUACUCCGAGCAAUAGAUUGCAUCAAAAAAAUUAUGAGCUGUGCGUUAACGACAUCCUUUGCGCAUGUUUUAGUGACUCGGUGUAUUACAUAAUCUCGUAAUUAAAAAUAAAAGUGAUCGUGGCUUUUGUCUAAUAAUUUAGAGGUCGUCUAGUUCCAGUAUCAUCCCAUGCUCGCGCAUGUAAUUAUAAAAUUAUAUAUAUAUUGUAUUUUAUAUGUAAUUUAAAUUAUAAUAUAUAUAUAGCGUAUAAAAAAUUUUUCUGAUUUCGAUGGUGCGAUUAUUAUAUGUAUAUAAAUACGUUACUUGUUACGGGGCAUGAGAGGAGAAGCCAGUUUGAAUUUUUUUUUUGCAAGUUAGCUUUCCUUUAUAAUGUAAUUGUUUAAUCUAUUUUCGGUCGGUAGACUCUCCAAAUCGCGAACUGUGGUGAAUAUUAGAAGUCACAACGAAGAAAGAGAGAAUCAAUUACUUUGUUAAUGCUGUGUACUUUAAGAAUAUGCAGUACACUAAUGGGCGUUCUACAAUAAGUCGCAAAUAUCCUUUGCAACUGGUGACGGAAUGUUUGCGACUUGUAAAACGGCCGUAAGAGUCAUCAUUAUUCACUCUCCGUGGUGUAACAGAGAGUCGUCUGGCCGCGUCGCUUGAAUUAUUUACAGUAAUUAUAAUACAUGAAAAUGUUUAUUAGAAAUUCGUGACAUUAAUAAUUCCGUUACAUAUUAUAGUUGCGUCAAGCGAUAAUUGGAAUCAAUUUUCCGAAAGGAAAAAAUGUAACUUAUAAACUCGUUUAAAUAACACAUUCUAAAUUUUAUUAAGAAAAAAAAACAACGUAUAUCCUAAUUUAUUAUACAAGGCGCAAAAAUUAUUUUCAUAAUGGAUUAAGACUCUCUCAGCUUGGACUUGUGUAAUCUCCCAAUUAUAACUAUGUAAUUAUGGAUGCGGUUCACGAUGAGUACUCCGAUGUUUAUAACGUGCUAUUAAUGAAUUUUAUUUAAUAAUGCGACGUUAACGAGUCGUUAAUUCAUUAUAGAUUUUUGCUCUGCAAAAAUUGAAAACCAAAAAAAUAAAAACCUAAAAAGAACAGAAAAUACGAAAAUGAAACAAUAAAAAAAGAAUUAAUAAAAUUUGAAAGGAUAAUGGAUCUUGCAGAAAUGUUAUAGACUAUGAAAAUUAUUUUCAUAAAAACUGAAAUAAAAAGUGGGUGAACGAUACACUGUAUCAUUCACAGCGGAAUUAAAAAUCCAUAUGAAAAAACGGAGCGAAAACAUCUGGAACACUCGGGAGUACCAAGUGUACCGCAUUCACCGUGUAAUCGGAUUACAUAUAAUGGGAUUCUACCUGAACGAAGAUGCAAAAUAUGCAGUGCAGGAUUCUCAACGUAUAUAGGGGAAACACACAGAGGAAAGAGAAGCGUGCGAUUUUAAUCCUGUACUGUCAGUUUUUAUAAGCGAAUAUCAAAGUUUAGAGAUCUGUGAUUAGGAAACUCGCGGUGAAAAACUCGGAAUAAAAAUAAUUUAUGCAUUCUCUAUAUGGAGGGGGGGGGAGGGAUCCUAACGCGAAAUUCUUGGAUAUGCAUACAUGGUGUAUGUCCUGUAGGAUCUCCUGUAGAGAGAAAUCUUUCUUUUUUAUUUUGCGUUCGGCUGCGAUUUCAAAGUGUAAACAGACGUAUUUUUGGCAUUUGAUAUUUACUUUGUACUUUAGCUGAUAAUAAGAUGAGACGUGUACACUACUGUAAGUUAUAAAUUGCCGCGGGUGGCGUAACAUCAGACGCGAAAAAGUGUACAGCUUGUGUUCGCCAUCCGCAUACACAAUGAAAACAUGUAAAUAUUUUUGUAAGAUAAAUUUAAGUAUAUAUAUGUAUACAUUAUAUAAUUAUUAAGUAUAUAUGUAUACACGUACAUACUAUAUACAUAUAUGUAUAUUUCUCUCUUUAUUCUUCGAAUUUUUGUGAAAUUCUAUUGGAAUCUCUGAAAUCCGAAGUUAGGAUAUGAUUGCUUUGCAGCUAAAUCCAUGUUUAUCAUCCGUUGUACAAUUCUCCAAUAGCAGGUACUAUAUACAUAUAUAUAUAUCUGUAUAAUGAAACAUUCUGACAUAAAGAAGCAGAAGCAGCGACCUUGUUAUUAAAGCAUCUGAUAGUAUAAAACAACUCGUUAGGAUAAUCGUUUCAAUGUUGUAAAUAAAAGCAGAGCGCAUAGCGGUUAUUAUAUUAUAUAUUAUAUUAAUAUUAUAUUAUAUUCGCAUAUAUAUAUUCAAUCUUUAUAUAAUAGGCUGAGAAUACACGAUAAUUUUUUUAUUUGCGAUUCACUGUUACAUGUAUGUGCCUAGUUAUAGCCAUGUUAUAAUUAUUACCUAUUACAUUGUAUGAUAAUUUAAUCCAUAUUACCGAUUAUAAUAAAUGUAACAAGUUCUUCGAUAUCAAACUCUACACACGAUAUAUUAUUAUGGCGUAACGUGUAAAGAGCUCAUAUUUAGGCAUACGUGAAAAAAUUUAAUAAAUCGGAAUACAUUUUACGAA